UGCGCGCCUUUCCCGUCUCGCUCCCCUCCCAGCCCGCGUCUCCUCCCCCUCGGCUCGGCUGCUCCCUGGCGUGACUCGGCACUCAGCGCUCCGGGACGACACGUCGUGGUCGCCGCUCCCGUCCAGGCCCCGGCCUCCCGCAGCCUCCCUCGGGCCUCGCUCGGGCUCUCUUCUCAAGUUUCGAAGCCGGAAGCGUCGCGGCCGCCCCGCCGGGUUGUCUCGUGAGGAUGGUGGGAGUGAAGCCGGUCGGGAGCGAUCCAGAUUUCCAGCCGGAGCUGAGUGGGGCGGGCUCCAGACUUGCUGUGGUCAAGUUCACCAUGAGAGGGUGUGGACCGUGUUUGAGGAUUGCUCCAGCAUUCAGUUCUAUGAGUAAUAAAUAUCCACAGGCAGUUUUCUUGGAAGUAGAUGUACAUCAGUGCCAGGGAACAGCUGCCACCAACAAUAUAUCAGCGACACCUACAUUUUUGUUUUUUCGAAACAAAGUGAGAAUUGAUCAGUAUCAAGGAGCAGAUGCUGUGGGACUAGAAGAGAAAAUCAAGCAGCAUCUGGAAAAUGAUCCUGGAAGCAAUGAGGACACAGACAUUCCGAAGGGCUACAUGGAUUUAAUGCCUUUUAUUAACAAAGCUGGUUGUGAAUGUCUUAAUGAAAGUGACGAGCAUGGCUUUGACAACUGUUUACGAAAAGACAUGUCCUUCUUGGAAUCUGACUGUGACGAGCAGCUACUUAUUACCGUGGCAUUCAAUCAACCUGUUAAGCUUUAUUCCAUGAAAUUUCAAGGACCAGAUAAUGGUCAGGGUCCAAAAUAUGUAAAGAUUUUUAUCAACUUACCCCGGUCUAUGGAUUUUGAGGAGGCAGAAAGGAGUGAGCCAACUCAAGCUCUGGAGCUGACAGAAGAUGACAUUAAAGAAGACGGCAUUGUUCCUCUUCGUUAUGUUAAAUUUCAGAAUGUUAACAGUGUAACUUUAUUUGUUCAGUCUAAUCAAGGUGAAGAAGAGACAACGAGAAUUUCAUAUUUUACUUUCAUUGGUACUCCAGUCCAGGCAACAAAUAUGAAUGACUUCAAACGAAGAAUACAUAUUGGCAAGUUGAGAGUUGUCAACCUGUGAAACAGUAGUUGGCAAAAAAGGAGAAAGCCAUUAGGUUACAAAAGACACUGGAAGACUUACUGCAGUCAGAUUUGCAGCUCCUGGAUAAUUGCUUGAUUCUCUUCGGAAACUGUUCAUCUUCAUUUGUUGCCAUUACCAGUAAAUCAUUGCUUUUAUUCAGAUGGCAUCACUAGUGUUUCUGUUGUAAUCUUGAUACAUGCAGUUGUAAAUAAAAGUCACUACUUUUGCCAAGCUUACAUUUUGUCAUUCUAUAUAAAUGCAUUCUCUCUCUCCUUUUUAUUUGAAUAUUGACUAACUUUUUGUUUUAGAAGAGCUCUGUCUGGAAUCACAUUGGCUAAAAGCUAGUCUGUCUCUAGAGGAACAGAAUGUUAGUGUUUUGAUACAUGGAUUGCAAUAGCUAACCAUGUUCGAGUAAGUACUGACUUGUAUUUUAUCAAAAGACAUUUGGGUAUCUAGGCUUUAUAAAUUUACUCAAAUUAUAAGCAGCCAGUAAUCUUCUGUCACUGGUAGUUAACAGGCCUACAAAUUUUUUGUUUUCCAGGGAGAGUCUUGCUAGGUAGCAUAGGCUAGCCUCACCAUUGCUGUCCUGUGCCUGCCUCCCAUAUGCUGGGAUUGUAGGCAUGGAUCACCAAACCUGGUCUCAUGUCAAGAUUUUUAACUCUUUUUGUAUAAACCUAAAAAUUAGAGUCAGCUAUUUUCUUUAAUAAUUAAGGUAUUAAUACUGAAUUCAGACAGUUGGCAAAAUAGAAUGGCUUUAUGGAAAAUUGGAAUUAGUAUCUAAUCUAAUAUUUAUCUAAAUUCACCAAACAUUCACUAUAAAUGUAUAGAUAGAGAACAUGAUUUAAGAUUGAAAAUGAGUUGUUCCAACUAUUUUAUUUGAAGAUUUUUUGCAAAAGGCUGGCUAAACAAAAUAUUUGUUCUUAUGGGCUUUUUUUUAACACUUAAAAUUGGACCUUCGACUAAAAUAUUGGUAGAUUUAAUGCUUUACAUGUUUAUUUUACGUGUAUAAAAUGUGUUUGGCCUCCCAUGUAUUUAUAUUCAUUUACAUGUAGUGCCCACCUGAGGCCGGAAGAGCAUCGGAACCCCAAGAACAGGAGCGACAGCUGCUUGAGAGCUGCCGUGGAGGUGAUGGGAACUGAACCCAGGUCUCUACGAGGCUGCUGCUCCAGCCCUGUAUACAGUUAAUUUUUAAUUCAGUGUUUUGAAAGCAUAUAUAAGACUAUAGCUUGUAAUUCAGUUUAUGUAUUUGAGGACAUUCUUAUCUAGAAAUAGUGCUGAGAUCUGCCCUUUUGAUGAUAAUGUAUUUCUACAUGGUCAUGAAAAAACCAUGGAAGUUAGUGUUGAAGUAGUCCUCUUUGAAACUUGUGUCAUUAAGUAACUGUGUUCAGUUCAUUUGUAUGUGAGUACAGUAACUGGUCUGUGGUGAUGUCUGUAUUUUAUGUAUUUCAGAGUUUUGUUGACUUAGAUCAAAAGGAAGACAAAAAAUAAAGGUUUAUAAUACUUGUAA